CUACUAUAUAAUUCUUAGUUCUAUUCAAGUUAAGAUCUAUUGCAGCUUAAAUUUCUCCAGGGUUUUUGUUCUAUUUCCCAAAGUUUUUGAAGACUUAUUUUCAUUAAGCUAAAUCUCAAAUCUUGCAAUCCAAAAUAUGAAUCCAGUCAAUGUUUCCAUCAUAUCCAGAGAGAUCAUCAAACCAUCAUCUCCAACUCCUCAAGCUCUCAAAUGCUUCAAGCUUUCGCUCCUCGACCAGCUUGCUCCUGCAGCUUUCGUCCCUAUGAUCAUGUACUUUGCUCCAACUGCUGAUUCAAACCUCAAGAAUCAAGAAAGGAUUGAUCUGCUUAAGAAAUCUUUAUCGCAAACCUUGACCUUAUUCUAUCCUCUGGCUGGAAGACUAAAAGAGAAUCUAUUCAUUGAGUGUAACGAUGAAGGAGUUGAUUUCAUUGAAGCCAGAGUGAACUGUCCUCUUUUGGAUAUUCUCCGGAGACCUGAAGCUGAUGAUUUGGAUCAAUUUCUGCCAGAGGAAUAUCAUGUCCCUGAGCUGGCCUCGUCCCUGGAAUCCCAAGUCGCUGUUCAAGUUAAUAUAUUUAGCUGCGGAGGAAUGGCGAUUGGCACAUGUAUAUCUCAUAAGCUUGUUGACGGCAUCACACACACUUCCUUGAUCAACUUGUGGGCUUCAAUGGCUCGAGGUUCUGAUAAAUAUUUGUCGCCAAUUUUUGUGGGAUCCCAUCUCUUCCCCCCAAGAGAUUUAUCUGGGCUACUGCCGGCGCUUGACGUACCCAAGUCCAAAACCAUUACUAAAAGAUUUGUGUUUGAUCUCUCGAAGGUCGCUGCUUUCAGAGAAAGAGUAUUUGGCAAUUCAAGUGCUCGUAAUCUCCCUAGUCGUGUUGAAAUAGUGUCUGCAUUAAUCUGGAAAUAUGCUGUAGAAGCAUCAAGAGCAAAAUCAUCAGGAUCCAGUAAAAAUCAAUCUUUCCUGACACAGACUGUGAAUUUACGUGGUAGAAUGGAUCCACCAUUGCCAGAAAACACCGCAGGAAAUCUUCUUUGGCUGGCCAUGACACCGGCGCCAAGUGAUAGCAGGGAGAUGAAGAUGCAUGAGUUGGUGUAUCAGAUUCGAAAUGCUUUCAAGAAAUUUGAUAGAGACUCUGUGAAGAAAUUGCAGGGUGAAAAUGGGUUUUUGGAGCUAGGGAAGACUCUGAAGCAAAUCGGAGAACUUGUUUCAAAAGAUGUGAACAUAUACAGAUUUACUAGUCUGAGAAAAUUCAAGCUACAUGAAGCUGAUUUUGGUUGGGGGAAGCCUGUGUGGGUGAGUAGUGCAGGAUUGACAUUCAAGAAUGUAGUUGUGUUGAUUGAAAGUAGCGCUGGCGAUCGAGUUGAUGCUUGGGUGACAUUAGAGGAACAAGAAAUGGCAAUUUUCCAGCGCAACCAGGAGCUUCUUUCAUUCGAUUCCCCCUCUCAAAGUGCUUCCCGUUUGCUGCUUAAUUCUCGAAUUUAAGAGAUUGAAAAUGCAUGACAGGUUUUCUUUGUAUGUUAUCCUCUCUGCCAUUUUAUAUGGGACAAUAAAUUUGCUGGUUUUUUCCAAUUAAAAUUUUC